GCUGCCCCAGGACCGAAAGUGAAAGUGCAGCCCGGGGAGCGGCAGGCGGGCGCGGAGCGACGCUUCGGCCAGAGCCCUAGCGGCAGGCAUUUAUUUCACAAGAUUCUGCUGCCUAAGGUAACCUGAGCAUGUUUCCAGUUCUUGCAGCCUUACAGAACCCAGGGAAUCCACCCGUCUCCAUCCUUCCUCAGUAGGUGACAGGCCCAUCUAACUGCUGUCUAGCCAGUCUUCUCUAUUCCUGUUGCUUUUUCCUUUGCUUCUGUCAACAAGGAGAUUAAAUUCAUAUAUUGAAAAUAUUGUUCAGACCCCGUGUGACAUAACUGGAGCCAGUGCAGUGCUAUGAAGAACUACGAGAUUAGCCUGAAUAUUAACUUGUCUUCUAGAGAAUAGAUUUCAUGUUCCUUUCUUCUGCAAUGGUUAAUUCACACAGAAAACCAAUGUCUAAUAUUCACAAAGGAUUUUACUGCUUAGCAGCCAUCUUGCCCCAAAUAUGCAUUUGUUCUCAGUUCUCAGUGCCAUCUAGUUAUCACUUCACUGAGGAUCCUGGGGCUUUCCCAGUAGCCACCAAUGGGGAACGAUUUCCUUGGCAGGAGCUAAGGCUCCCCAAUGUGGUCAUUCCCCUCCAUUAUGACCUCUUUGUCCACCCCAAUCUCACCUCUCUGGACUUUGUUGCAUCUGAGAAGAUCGAGGUCUUGGUCAGCAAUGCUACCCAGUUUAUCAUCUUGCACAGCAAAGAUCUUGAAAUCACGAAUGCCACUCUUCAGUCAGAGGAAGAUUCAAGAUACAUGAAACCUGGAAAAGAGCUGAAAGUUUUGAGUUACCCUGCUCAUCAACAAAUUGCACUGCUGGUUCCAGAGAAACUUACGCCUCACCUGAAAUACUAUGUGGCUAUUGACUUCCAAGCCAAGUUGGCUGAUGGCUUUGAAGGGUUUUAUAAAAGCACAUACAGAACUCUUGGUGGUGAAACGAGAAUACUUGCAGUAACAGAUUUUGAGCCAACCCAGGCACGCAUGGCUUUCCCUUGCUUUGAUGAACCGUUGUUCAAAGCCAACUUUUCAAUCAAGAUACGAAGAGAGAGCGGGCAUAUUGCACUAUCCAACAUGCCAAAGGUUAAGACAACUGAACUUGAAGGAGGUCUUUUGGAAGAUCACUUUGAAACUACUGUAAAAAUGAGUACAUACCUUGUAGCCUACAUAGUUUGUGAUUUCCACUCUGUGAGUGGCGUCACCUCAUCAGGGGUCAAGGUGUCCAUCUAUGCAUCCCCAGACAAACGGAAUCAAACACAUUAUGCUUUGCAGGCAUCACUGAAGCUACUUGAUUUUUAUGAAAAGUACUUUGAUAUCUACUAUCCACUCUCCAAACUGGAUUUAAUUGCUAUUCCUGACUUUGCAUCUGGAGCCAUGGAAAAUUGGGGCCUCAUUACAUAUAGGGAGACGUCACUGCUUUUUGACCCCAAGACCUCUUCUGCUUCCGAUAAACUGUGGGUCACCAGAGUCAUAGCCCAUGAACUGGCACACCAGUGGUUUGGCAACCUGGUCACAAUGGAAUGGUGGAAUGAUAUUUGGCUUAAUGAGGGUUUUGCAAAAUACAUGGAACUUAUCGCUGUUAAUGCUACAUAUCCAGAGCUGCAAUUUGAUGACCAUUUUUUGAAUGUGUGUUUUGAAGUAAUUACAAAAGAUGCAUUGAAUUCAUCCCGCCCUAUCUCCAAACCAGCAGAAACUCCGACUCAAAUAGAGGAAAUGUUUGAUGAAGUUUCCUAUAACAAGGGAGCUUGUAUUUUGAAUAUGCUCAAGGAUUUUCUGGGUGAGGAGAAAUUCCAGAAAGGAAUAAUUCAGUACUUGAAGAAGUUCAGCUAUAGAAACGCUAAGAAUGAUGAUUUGUGGAGCAGUCUGUCAAAUAGUUGUUUAGAAAGUGAUUUUACAUCUGGUGGAGUUUGUCAUUCGGAUCCCAAGAUGACAAGUAACAUGCUCGCCUUUCUGGGGGAAAAUGCAGACGUCAAAGAGAUGAUGACUACGUGGACUCUCCAGAAAGGAAUCCCCCUGCUGGUGGUUAAACAAGACGGGCGUUCACUCCGACUGCAACAGGAGCGCUUCCUCCAGGGGGUUUUCCAGGAGGACCCUGAAUGGAGGGCCCUGCAGGAGAGGUACCUGUGGCAUAUCCCAUUGACCUACUCCACAAGUUCCUCUAAUGUGAUCCACAGACACAUUCUAAACUCAAAGACAGAUACUCUGGAUUUACCUGAAAAGACCAGUUGGGUGAAAUUUAAUGUGGACUCAAAUGGUUACUACAUCGUUCACUAUGAGGGUCAUGGAUGGGACCAACUCAUUACACAGCUGAAUCAGAACCACACACUUCUCAGACCUAAGGACAGAGUAGGUCUGAUUCAUGAUGUGUUUCAGCUAGUUGGUGCAGGGAGACUGACCCUAGACAAAGCUCUUGACAUGACUCACUACCUCCAACAUGAAACAAGCAUCCCCGCACUUCUCAAAGGUCUGAGUUACUUGGAAUUGUUUUACCACAUGAUGGACAGAAGGAACAUUUCAGAUAUCUCUGAAAACCUCAAGCAUUACCUUCUUCAGUAUUUUAAGCCAGUGAUUGACAGGCAAAGCUGGAGUGACGAGGGCUCAGUCUGGGACAGGAUGCUCCGCUCGGCUCUGUUGAAGCUGGCCUGUGACCUGAACUAUGCUCCUUGCAUCCAGAAAGCUGCUGAACUCUUCUCUCGGUGGAUGGAAUCCAGUGGAAAAUUAAAUAUGCCAACAGAUGUUUUAAAGAUUGUGUAUUCUGUGGGUGCUCAGACAACUGCAGGAUGGAAUUACCUUUUAGAGCAAUAUGAACUGUCAAUGUCAAGUGCUGAACAAAACAAAAUUCUGUAUGCUUUGUCAACGAGCAAGCAUCAGGAAAAGUUACUGAAGUUAAUUGAACUAGGAAUGGAAGGAAAGGUUAUCAAAACACAGAACUUGGCAGCUCUCCUUCAUGCGAUUGCCAGACAUCCAAAGGGGCAGCAAUUAGCGUGGGAUUUUGUAAGAGAAAAUUGGACCCAUCUUCUGAAAAAAUUUGGCCUGGGCUCAUAUGACAUAAGGAUGAUCAUCUCUGGCACAACAGCUCACUUUUCUUCCAAGGAUAAGUUGCAAGAGGUGAAACUAUUUUUUGAAUCUCUUGAGGCUCAAGGAUCACAUCUGGAUAUUUUUCAAAUUGUUCUGGAAAUGAUAACCAAAAAUAUAAAAUGGCUGGAGAAGAAUCUUCCGACUCUGAGGACUUGGCUACUGGUUAAUACUUAAAUGGUCGAUAGACAAAGUAGGCCGGGCGUGGUGGCUCACGCCUGUAAUCCCAGCACUUUGGGAGGCUGAGAAGGGCGGAUCACGAGGUCAGGAGAUCAAGACCAUCCUGGCUAACACGGUGAAACCCUGUCUCCACUAAAAAUACAAAAAAGUAGCCGGGCGUGGUGGCAGGCGCCUGUAGUCCCAGCUACUCGGGAGGCUGCGGCAGGAGAAUGGCAUAAACCCGGGAGGUGGAGCUUGCAGUGAGCCGAGAUUGCGCCACUGCAUUCCAGCCUGGGUGACUGAGCGAGACUCUGUUUCAAAAACAAAAACAGAAAAGAAAAGAAAAGGUACAUCAGACAUGACUGCCUGCAUGAAGUCAAACAAGGUAACACCAGCAAAGCUCAAGUCAAGAGCUGUGGAUAUUUUGUCUAACCAACAAGAAGUCUCAAGAAAUCAGACAGUGCAGCUGCCUGCUCUCAGCUAUCAUAACCAGCCAAAAAAUGCAUGAUGAUGGAGUGGUGGGGGAAGUCCAGUUCAGUAUCCUAUUUAAAAGUAAACUUCCUGAAUAAUGGAUAUAUGUGGAGAUACACACAUAGAUAUAUAGAUAUAGCUGUAAUUAUUUAGCCUCAAGUGACUUUCUCCAUUGCUUCACGCUA